CAGCGUGGGGCAGCACAUUUUUUAGGCACAAUAUCGGGGAAAGCAGUUGUAAAGAAGAACAUAGACUGUCAGAAAGAGAGAGGGAUUGGGAUACGAGCUGCCAGAAAAGAGAAACAAAAAGAGAGCAUAGAAAAAUAGAAAACUGAUCCCACCACAUAAUACAUGCCCUACUCAGAUCCAUUGCUCUUUAUCAUCAUCUUCAUCAUCUUCUAAAUGCUUAAUUGGUUAAUAAGAAUCAAUAACAAUCCCAAUGGCCAAUGACAGUGACUUCCUUCGUUCUUCCGACUCAUCCAUCUCCUUCCUUGAUGUCUUCAAUGACACAGAGAUCAAAGAUGAGAUCAAUGUCCUGUUCUCGAACAGCACUGUUGAGGAUCCCAGCGUUGUGAGUAACAACGCCACCACAGCCAUUGGGGCCCUCAUCCUGGGCCUGGUCUUCCUCCUCGGCGUUCCAGGGAACCUCUUCAUCAUCUGGAGUAUCCUGGCCCGUGCCCGCCGACGCUCCGUCACCACCAUCCUCAUCCUCAACCUGGCGUGCGCCGACGGCUCCCUCAUGUGCCUCACCAUCUUCUUCAUCAUCUAUUUGGCUAGGCGGAACUGGGACUUUGGCACCUACAUGUGCAAGGGGGUGUUUUACCUGUGCAACACGAACAUGUAUGCCUCCAUCUUCCUCAUCACGCUGAUGAGCCUGCACAGGCUGGUGGCAGUGGUUUGGCCCCAGCGGGUAGCGGCCCUGGCCAGCAAGAAGAUGGUAGUGCGGGCAAUAGUUGUGCUCUGGGUCCUGGUGUUCUUCAUGGCUAUCCCAGCUCUGGUGUUCAGGGAGCAGAGGGAUGAUCGUAACGAACAGAACAAAACCCAACGGGUUUGUGCCUCAGAUCACAGAAUGCCUCAACAUUUGGUGUUCCAGUACACCUUUGAGACUGUAGUGGGAUUCCUGGUUCCGUACGGGAUUAUAGUGAGCAGCUACGUCUGCAUCCUGAGACGCCUCAGACAGACCAAAUUCCAUCGCAAGGUCUGCAGUGAGAAUCUCAUCCUGGCCAUCGUUGUGAUGUUUGCCAUCUUCUGGUUGCCCUAUCACGUCAUCAACAUAAUACAGGUUGUGGCUGAACAUUUGAAAGACGAUUCAGCAACAAAAAAGAGACUAUAUAUAAUAUGGCAGUCCAGUCGUGCUGUGACCUCCGCUCUGGCCUUCAUCAGCAGCUGUGCCAACCCUAUUCUCUACACAUUCGCUGGGAAGUCCUACAUCAGAGAGAACGGCAUGGCCUUCAUGGCUCGCCUCUUUGAAGGGACAUCUCUGGACACUGGGAUAAGGAAGGGCCAGCAGACAACCAGGGACAGGGAGGGAAAAAGACUCAAAGAGACGUUGUCUUUCAGCAGCACUGGGGGCAAUGCUAUGAUGAAAUGAAAAUAGACACUCAUAUGCAGGGUUGCACUGCACAUGCUAUCCACUCAUCAUGACGAUGCACUCCUGCACACAGACUUCUUACAUUUUUUUUUUAUUGCUAUAUAGAUCUGCUCCUCUACUUGCAUAUGGGACCAUCUGAAACAAUCCCUACAAUAUUCAGUGCACCUCAUGUGAGACACAAGUUUCUCACUAGACCCAACUUCUCUGCCACAAUUCUUUUGUAAAUGUGUUUGUCAAAUGUGCCUUUUUUACUUUAAUUCAUUGUUUGUGCCGCUUGAAUGUUUGUUGAAUUGCACACAGGCAUUCAACACCCUGCGUUGACAGCCACACACCCAACAACCACAGCACUAGCACACAAACACAUAUUCUCAACCCCUGCCCCAUGGAGAGCAUCACUCCAGACACCACACAGCCAGAGCAGCACACAGCCGGAGCAGCACACAGCCAGACACCACACAGCCAGAGCAGCACACAGCCGGAGCAGCACACAGCCAGACACCACACAGCCAGACACCACACAGUGAGAACAGCACACAUCCAGAGCACCACACAGCCAGAGCAGCACACAGCCAGACAUCACCCAGCCAGACACCACCCAGCCAGAGCAGCACACAGCCAGAGCAACACACAGCCAGACAUCACCCAGCCAGACACCACCCAGCCAGAGCAGCGCACAGCCAGAGCAGCACACAGCCAGAGCACCACACAGCCAGAGCAGCACACAGCCGGAGCACCACACAGCUGGAGCACCACACAGCCGGAGCACCACACAGCCGGAGCAGCACACAGCCGGAGCACCACACAGCUGGAGCACCACACAGCCGGAGCACCACACAGCCGGAGCACCACACAGCCAGACACCACACAGCCAGAGCACCACACAGCCAGAGCAGCACACAGCCGGAGCACCACACAGCUGGAGCACCACACAGCCGGAGCACCACACAGCCGGAGCAGCACACAGCCAGAGCACCACACAGCUGGAGCACCACACAGCCGGAGCACCACACAGCCGGAGCACCACACAGCCAGACAACCACAGCACUAGCACACAAACACAUAUUCUCAACCCCUGCCCCAUGGAGAGCAUCACUCCAGACACCACACAGCCAGAGCAGCACACAGCGAGAGCAGCACACAGAGGACAACAUUGUCAUCCCGUGUGACUCCAACGACAAAUAUCUUGAUGGAAGACGGCUGUUCCCAAAGAGAGGAUCAGAGCAGAGACUGAGACCACCGACUCACAUAAUCAUUCACACAGGGACGAAAAAUCUCUGCAAGCAGGGUGGAUGUAACCAAGGUUCUGACCAAGAUGUUUUAUUUUUCAUUUUUUUACUUCAGUUUAAUUUAGUAAAUACUAAAUUGUUGGUUAAGGACUUGUAAGUAAGCAUUUUACUGUAAGGUCUACAGCUGUUGCAUUCGGUCCAUCUGACAAAUAAAAUGUGAUUUGAUUUGAUGUUGAUCUAUUAACAAUUUUAGAGACAUGGUUGAGUAGGAACAUUUCUGACACUGAGUUAAAAAUCCAGGGUUACAUAAUAUAUAGAAUUGAUAGGUGCACUCUAGGUGGGGGAGUAGCAACCUAUGUCCUCGAUAACUGACUGUCUAUGAAGAUUUCACGUGACAUUGUCCCUCUACAUUUUGAAGUUUUUUUGUUAAAAUAGCUCUACAUGUCUUUGAUUUACAGACCAAGUAGACUCCAUUAACAAUAUUAUCACCACAGUAAUUGAAUGCAUUGGUCAAAUGAAUGGAUCAUGUUAGGUGACUUCAAUAAGAAUCUGCUAAGGAUUAUAAAACUAUUAAAAAAAUAGGUACUUUACUGAAUUAAAGUACCAAAAUUAUAGGCAAGACACCCCCAAUAAAGGAGUGGUUCUGCAGGUGGUGACCACAGACCACUUCUCAGUUCCUAUG